AUGGGCUGGGCCGCUGUAGUAGACAUUGGUGAUCCAGCACUAAGUCCUCCAGCGAGCCAGGCCCUGGUUUGGGUUCAUACAGUGAACCAGGCCUCGGUUGGGUGGCUGGGACGGGCCUGGGACAUCGGAUUCAACAUCCGUCACACAGGUUCGCUGCAGCGGACCAGGCCUCGGUUGGGUGGUUGGGACGGGCCUGGGACAUCGGACACGGGGGGUGGAGGGUUUGGGUCAAGUUCUACCGCUCCAACAGACCAAGCCUUGGUUGGGUGGCUCACUGCGGUGGUGGACCAGGCCUCGGUUGGGCGGUUGGGAUGGGCCUGGGACAUCGGACACGGGGGAGGGGGGUUUAGCCUUGGUUGGGUGGUAGGGAUGGGCUUGGGCUACGGAUUCAACAUCCACAACACAGUAGGUCUUCCUAAUCACAGCAUGUCCACAUUGGUUCACUGCAGUGGUGAGCCAGGCCUCGGUUGGGUGGCUGGGACGGGCCUGGGACAUCGGACACGGAGGUGGGGGUUGAAGCCAUGGCUGACUGGCUCCGCCUUCAGAUUGACUUCGCAACAAACUAAGCCUUGGAUGGGUGGCAGGGACGGGCUUGGGUUAUCGGAUUCAACAUCCAACAUACGGGUUCACUGCAGUGGUGAACCUCAGACCCUGGUUGGGUGGCUGGGAUGGGCUUGGGACAACAACUCGCCAUAUACAACACAGGUUCACUGCAGUGGUGAACAAGGCCCUGGUGGGUGGCAGGGACGGGCCUGGGACAUCGGACACGGAAGGGGGAGGUGUUGGGACAAGACUGCAUUAUCGACUGACUGUAGAGUGUUACCCGACAAACACAUCAUGCCCUGGUUGGGUGGAUGGGACGGGCUUGGGAUAUCGACUAACCCCAACAGCACACAACAUAGGUUCACCACUGCAGUGGACCAGGCCUCGGCUGGGCGGUUGGGACGGGCCUGGGACAUAGGAUCCAAGAUCCUCAUACUGCAAGUCUUCAAUGUCACCAGUGAUUGCUUGGUUGGCUCACCACUGCAGUGA